AUGAUGGUGGUGGCCGUGAUCAUCGUGAUGUUCAUCAUGGUGUUCAGCGUGGUGGUGACCGCUGAGCAUUUGAAGCAUUUUGCAAAUCUAAUAUUUGAAAAGUACCCUUUCAUUUUCCCCGGGAAAAAUAAACAUGACUUUUUGGUUGAGUUUGAUAGAUACAAGGCUUCCACUCAAGUCUGUGGUGUGGUGCUAUUUGAUGAGUCACUAAGUAAGAUCGUAUUGAUCCAGUCUCUGUUAUGUAACUCUUGGAGGUUCCCAUCCUGUACUAUUAGCAAGGUUGAUAAUGCUUUGGAGAGUGCCAUUCGCGCUUGUUUAUAUCAAACUGGAAUUGAUGUUAGUGGUUUAGUUCAUGAGGAUUAUAUAAUUGAAAGAACUAUACAGGGAAUAACCCAUAUGCUUUAUAUGGUGAAGAUUCUUCCAGAGAGAACUAUUUUCUAG